UACGGUCUCGCGCCCUGAAGCCCUCGGAGCGGUGAGUGGGCGACGGGAGAGGGACAGGGAGCUUCGCUCUGCGAUUGGCUCGUGCUCGGGACGGAGGCCCCGCCCCCUUUUCCUAUUGGGAGCUCCGUUUCUUUUCCGAGAGUACUGUACGUCGCGCGGUGUUGAAGGCGAGGACAGGGGCGCAUGCGCAGAAGCGAGGCUCGCUCUAUGCUAGGUGGCUCCGCAUUUCUUCUUGACCGUAUCCAAAGAGGGUAAUGUGAUUUGGGUUCAUCUACUUGUUAACAUAGCUGCUGCCGGUAGUCACAGAAAACGGGUCUGCCUGGGACCUUUCAAAUUCCAUCUGCCUGAGAUGAUGAAAUGGGAUGCCCUAUCCCUCUGUAAUUAAGAGUCCUCUUCUGUUGGUUGUGUUCAUGUCCCGUUCAAGCUUUCUGCUUUUCACGGACUCUUUGACUAGGCUCAGCGGUUUCCUUUGGGGGUCACAUCGGUUGAGAAGGCAGCAUUUUUUACUGCCUCGGUGCUCCGGACCGUUGCUCUUUCCAAAGGGCAAGAAGACCUCUGCUCAGCUCCUUCCCCUCAAUGAAGCGGAUUUAGAAGAGCAGCUGGUUCGUGGCUCCGGGCCCGGAGGCCAAGCGACAAAUAAGACCAGUAACUGCGUGGUCCUGAAGCACCUUCCCUCGGGCAUCGUUGUCAAGUGUCAUCAGACAAGAUCCGUGGAGGACAACCGUAAGAAAGCCAGAGAGAUCCUGCAGGAAAAAGUGGAUAUUUUCUAUAAAGGUGACGCCAGUGAUGUCAUUAAGGAACAGCGGGAGUUGGAGAGAAAAAAGGAAGCUAAGAAAAAGGAAGCUAAGAAGAACCUUGAAAGGAAAAAGCAGCUGAAGGAGAUGAAAGCAUUGGAAGAAAAAUAAGAAUUUGGGCAAUUUCUGGGGUUUUGGGACAUCCAGCGACCACCACCCCAACACACACACUUCUGAUACAGGCCCAGUUGUGAUUUCUUGUUGUACUAGCUCAGGAUUCCAAGCAGCUUUUCUAGAACAAUAUAUGGUUACGUUUUCCACUGUAUUUGUUCCUUCAUCCCAUCUUGCUUUCUGCGAUGGGUUAGAUCGCAGGAGAAGUGAAGCAGCUAAGCCUGCAAGCACAGCUUUUCUCAUAAAAAUCCCUCGUUUGUUUGGGCGUUGGGGGGCGUGAGUACCACCACUUACACCUCCUUUUCAGUGUAACAGAUCAGUUGACAUCCUGAGGGACAAGAUCCCGGAAGGAUGAUGGCAGGAGGAUCUAAGAAUACAAAUUAUUACUGAAAAUAAGCUUUUAUUACAUUAAGUAAUAAAUACAUACAAAGAU